AUGGAUGGCAUGGGGGUGCUACAAACCGCAGGUCCAUGGAAGAGAUUCAAGCCCUCUUUUAUUAACGACAACGAACUGCUUAUACCAGCUAUAGACGUAGCUGGCGACCUGGAGCAAUACUACAAAAAAUUUGCACUUCGGCCAGUUAUAGUAUCAGCGUUACGUAGCCUAUGGUGGCAUACGCUCCGCAAGUUCAUGGUGCAGCCCGUGGUUUGGGCCGUGGAGAAUGAUGAGCCCAUGGAAUUCCUGACGGAGAUACGCCGAGUGGUCGUGAUCUUCUUGAACAUUGUGACCAAAACUGUGACUGAUGAAAAGCUUGUCGAAAUUGUCGAUACUGCGUAUAAAUGCGUUUAUAGCACAUCGUCAGCAGCAGGCGGCCUCUUAAAUAAAGUGUCCUUGUUCGAUAAAGACCUGAUGUUUCUACUCGUUUUCGGCCUCCGAGGGAUGUCCCACGGUGACGAGGCCCAAAAGAGCCUGCUCUGCGCUCAAGCCUUGAAGGAGAGGCUGAUCGACCCUAAUAUUAUAUCAGUCUCAAUAGGGAUUUCGUCUGGAACAACAUACUGCGGUGUGGUUGGCCAUGUUCUCCGGCGAGAAUACACAGUUAUAGGAACAGCAGCAAAUAAGGCAGCACGAUUAAUGACAGCCUAUCGCAACAAAUUAGUCUGUGACAAGGAAACAUUUUUAAGAAGCAAAAUGGAUCACGAUUUUUUUAGGUUGAUGGAAUUCAUCCCAAUGAAAGGCAUUAAGAGGCCUGGACCAGUUUAUGAGUUCAACAAAUAUGGAUGGCCUGAAAAGCCAAGCGGCAUACGCCAGCCUGUCCUAGGCAGAGAGGAGGAGUUGCGAGCCUUCAUACUGGCGUUGCAGAAGGCCAUGGAACAACAACAUGAGCCGGUUGAAAAACAACAGGAUCUUAUCUACGGGGUAGUGUUCAUUGGACCUCUUAGAGUAGGUAAAAAGCGAUUAAUGGAAGAAUGCAUAUAUCUUACGCCAAAUUGUGUUAGGAUUGUAAGAAUAUCAUUAACGGAAACUGAAAAGAUACCAUAUGGAUUGUUCCGUCAGAUUGCUCUCAAAACUCUGUCAGGCAGUUCCUCAGAACGAGACAAGUGCGAAAACCAAUUACGGACAAGUUUGGACCUCGACACAUUGUCUCCAGUUGAGCUUUAUGCUAUAAAUAUCAUAUUCGGUUGUCGCUUGGAGUUACCCGACAACUUUGAAUUUCCGGAUGACAUUCUCGAAGAAAAUUCCACGAAAAAUCUAGUGCGUAAUAUCUUUGAAAAUAGUAUUACUUCAAUGUGUAUAGUGGCGAUAGAAGAGGGAAUGAACAUAGAUGAUGAGUCUUGGCGGUUACUUUUGGUUCUCUUGGAUACCAAAACAAUUUUCGUCAUCAUUACUCUUACUGAUCAAACAAGCAUGUCUGAAGUGGCCCUCCAAUGCUUAUCGAGCAACAAGCUGCUUCAGAUGCCAAUCUCCGGACUAAGCCCUUGGUACCAAUUGAUUAUUGCCUGCCAGUUUCUUGACGUACAAGCUGUUCCGACAGAUCUGGAGAAGUUAAUACAAAGCGCAAGCAGCGGAGUUCCCGGCUGGAUCCAGGACUUGAUAAUAUCCCUCGUCCAGCAAGGAGACUUGUCUGUGGAAACCACGACCAGGGCUAAGGCGCUGGAGAGAGGAGCCGUUAUGCCUACGCCAUCUUUACUGUACACGACGGUAGCUUUGGCAACAACUACCGACAACCAAGUUUCGUUAGACGCGUAUUUUAAGGAAGUUUUAGAUAAAUUGAAUGCUCAUGAAUCUCACGAUAAAAGUAGCGAAUUACUUGCUCUAAACCCAAAUGAGCACAUUCAGAUAGCAGUUCUUGCGGACACAUUCGACGUUUUGAAUAUUCGAAUGUCAGUUGAUGAGGAUGUAAUGAUCAUGAAGACUUAUGACUCACUCACUUCGUUCGAAAAGAUGCUGUUAAAAUGUUGUUCCGUUUUGGGUGUUGUUUUUCCUCGACAAAUGAUGGAAUAUCUGGUAGAGUGUGAGUCCAGAAGUAAAAUUGCAAAAGCUGUAGCGAAGUUAUUCUCAGUUCGUGUUCUGGAGUGUGAAGGGGGUGAUUUUACCCAAGAGACAUCCAAGGUGUUGGUGCAUCGGUCACCGGAGAUUCAAAAUGCUGAGUCACCAUAUUGCUACUGUCGCGGCACUGAAGAAUUGAUCGACUGCGCUGACCUUCCGAAGUAUGCAUUUUGUGGUUACAUGAGGUUUAAAUCUACUUUGUUCCGAACCACCACAUACUACUUACUCACGGAGAUACAAAAGUAUGAUUUACACGCUCGAGCUCUGCUGUUUUUGAAGCAGUACACUCGACGGUGUUGGUACUGCGGAGAAGGCUGUUUCCACAAGCUGCUCGGCAGGCGCACUAAUGAUGGUCUUGUCAAAGAGUCGACAGACUUGAAAAAUACGCAAGAAAUGAUUCAAAGUCUGGCAGAGGAAUCGCGUCUUGUUACAAAAAGAUUAACUCGGUCCGCGAAGUCUAUGGAACACAUGUUCCAAUCAUCGGCAAUGAUACGGAUUUUUUCGGAAGAAUUACUCCGUUUCCCAGGUCAAGGAAGUGAAAUUGGAGUUCUACCGAAAUCUGAUACCCACGUGCGGUCAUUCUCCUCGCUGGACGUAGCCAAUUGUGAAUGUCUUACAAUAGCUUUGGCAGCUUAUGUUCAGCUUAUUGUUCAUUGUCGUGGAGCAGGCGAGCACGAAAAAUUAUUUGAAGCUUACUUAGAAUAUGCGGAUUUGUGUGUAAAUUCGAACACACCACAAGCACUCUGCUUGCUGAAUGAAGCGGAAACCGUUAUUAUGAGUGACGAAUACUGGUCCCACUGUCGAUUACAUUGCAAGAUUAGCUGGUUCAAGGACUUCUGCUUGGGACGUAUUGUAUCGCUCCGAGGCGGUUGCAUGCUCGCGUCUGGAGAGCUUAUCGAAGCUAGGAAACACCUACAUCGCGCAUUGGAAUUGUUUCGCGAUCCGUUCCCUACAUCUAAAUAUCAGCAAAUGAUCCGCAAUAUGCACAUUACCGUGCGGCAAUGGAUGGCUUUUAAAGUUGCGCCGAAAGCCUUUGUCGGGACAGAGGACGGCUUGAUUGGAUUUUUUUAUGAAGAAGUUGCAAUCACAUUAAACCGGCUCUAUACAUUAUUUAUAGGAUGCAAAGAAUAUUCAAAUGCUGAAUUAACGGCGAAGUGGUCGUUUGACUACGCCCUACGGAGCAACUCGAACUUCAAACUCCUCUGCGAAUGUUAUGGAAACAUGAUUACUACUCAUUUCAACAAUCAGGAAUUCUCUAAAUGUGUUAAGAUAGUAAACAUGGCCAUAGAGCUUUCUCGGCGGAAGCGCGGUAGAUUGGACGAUGCGGAAGCGCGCGCGGUCUGCGUUCUCUACACAACCGUGUUUUUGUUUUAUGUGAAUUACGGCAAGAAGAACGAAAGCCUAGAGUUCGGUUUGCCGGUGAUGCACAUGGUCUCCAUGCUCCAAGAGUCGAGCAUGCGCGUGCGUCUCGUGGUAUCUGUGUUGAGGCUACUGCUCAGUGAUCUGCACAUUAAUGAGAUGGUGCUACUUAUGAGGGAGAACUUGUAUAUGGAUGGCGAGUUUGACUUGAGCUCGACAACCUGGUACUACACGUACUCGUUAAUGAUACUAAUCGAGACAGGGUACUGCGUUGAGUCGUACCAGCAAUGCGAAAGGUUCUACAUGCAGCACGGAGACACCAUACUGGCGUUCAAGAGCAAAGACGCCGCGUGGGACUACUUUGGUUGUAUGUGGCUUAUAACUGUCAGAGUAUGCGCGUGGGAGGCGUCGAUUCUAUGGGAAAAGAAAGUAAAAGAAAUAAUGUCCACCGAGAAUAAACAAAUUGAAUACAAAAUUCAUCUGCAAUUAAUUUUGUUGGAGGGAUGGCUUAUAGUGUUAGUAAGAGAGAUUGAUGCAAUGAACGAGAGCCAGAUUACAAUUAUUAAAGAAACAAUUAAGAAUAUGUUCGAAACGUUGAGCAAGUCCUGUCGGAGGGCACCAAUAUAUCAACCGAGAUAUUUUCUUCUCCUGGCCUACUUUAACAUCAUAAGAGGUAACAAGUUCCGUGCACGUAGCCAUUUAGAGAAGACGUUUGAACUUGCAAAGGAAUUAGCUGAAGGAACAAUACUAAUUUGGGCGGAGCAUACGAGGCAGCACUGGACGGGUACACUGGACCCAGAGCUUGAAGACUAUUGGGUAGAGCAUAUCGAGCCGGACAACCUCUUGGACUACAGAAAUUUCAACAAGAACUUAGGAUUUGUACCAUUUACUCUACCUUUACCUAAAGCGCUAUUGAGAUAGUACUUCGAUUUAAGUAUAUACUUUUAUUUUAGUUUAUAUCAUAAAAAAAGUAUGGACAGUUACUUUAUGGUUAUAUUACAAAUACUCAGCCGUUUUAAAUUAUAACCGAUUCGCUACAAUAUUUAUUUUAUCUUGAUAUAAUAAUAAUUUAAUAAUCUUUUCGAGAUUCUUUUAGUUUAAUAGGUUUUCUCUAAGUCUAAUAUUAAAUAAAGGUCCUUCGAUCCGGA